GUGUGCGCGCAGGACCCUUCCCUAGACUACAAGACAGUACCAAACCCAGCCUGGAGCCUGACGCAAGGUAGCGCACCCAGAGAACAGAGAGAGAGAGAAGAUGGACGGAGUGGGAUCGUUCGGAGCGGGCCUGGCGGGUGCUGCCUUCGACCCGGUUUCCUUCAUCAAGCAGCCGACCACCAUCCUCAGGGUCUUGUCCUGGGUAUUCUCCCUGGUGGUGUUUGCCUCUAUAGUGAACGAGGGCUAUGUGAACCUGGGCAGUGAACGUCUCCACUGUGUGUUCAAUAAGAACCCUGAUGCGUGUAACUACGGACUGUUCUGUGGUCUGGUGGGCUUGUUGCUGUGCUCCUCCUUCUUCCUGUUGGAUGUGAAGUUUCAACAGAUCAGCUCUAUUAAGGACAGGAAGAAGGCUGUGAUGCUGGAGGUCGGGGUUUCAGGUUUCUGGACGUUCCUGUGGUUUGUGAGUUUCUGUUUCCUGGCCAAUCAGUGGUCUAGGACCGCCCCUGAGGACCUGCCACUCAACCAGGGGGCUGACGCAGCCAGGGCCUCGAUCACCUUCUCAUUCUUCUCCAUCCUCACCUGGGCUGGUCUGACAGUGCGUGCAGUCCAGAAAUAUCUCCUGGGAACAGACAUGACCCUCUUCACCACCGACCACAUGGACGGAGUCGCCCCGGUAACACCAUACCCCCCCACCACCACCGGGGGCGCCAUCGAGCCCAGCGACAACUACCAGAGCCCCCCGUUCACAGAGGGGCUGGAAGCCCCUGCCCCCACAUACCAGGUCCCCAUAUACUAGUCCCUCCCUGUCCCACAUACUAGUCCCUCCCUGUCCUCAUAUACUAGUCCCUCCCUGUCCUCAACUCCCUGUCCCCCUAGUCCCUCCCUGUCCCCAUAUACUUGUCCCUUCCUGUCCCCAUAUACUAGUCCCUCCCUGUCCCACAUACUAGUCCCUCCCUGUCCUCAUAUACUAGUCCCUCCCUGUCCCCCUAGUCCCUCCCUGUCCCCCUAGUCCCUCCCUGUCCUCAACUCCCUGUCUCCAUAGUCCCUUCCUGUCCCCAUAUACUAGUCCCUCCCUGUCCUCAACUCCCUGUCCCCCUAGUCCCUCCCUGUCCCACAUACUAGUCCCUCCCUGUCCCUGCUGGAAGUGCUGAAGGGGACCUAGUUACAUGUACAGUCCCUCCAUGGUAAUGUUUUGAAGGGGAUAUUCUGUUCUUGGGUUCGGUGUUAUCUGCAUGUUCUGUAAGACUGACUAAGUGCCAAACUGUCUUGUGUGUCUGACAGUGACUGUAGAUAGUAACUUUCACCACUAUGAUGUUACCGUGACCAAGUGUAAUAUCUCCCUCCACCCAGUAGCCACUCUGCCGACCAGAGUCAUACACUAUUCCCUAUGUAGUGCAUUAAUGAUGGCCAGCUGAGCCUUUACCACCAGUGCACUUUGUCAGGUAAUAGUGGUUUCAGAUGCGCCCUAAACUAAUGUGUGCAAACAUCACAGAAGAUUCUGGCUUGUUUAUGUUUACAUUCUAGAAGUGGUUUGUUCACAUUUAGAAGCUAUUUAUU